UUUGUCACCACCCAGGCUCCCUAGCCUUUGGCUGGGUGCAACUUCCAUUUUAGGUGUUGGAUCUGAGAGAAAAAAAAGAGGGGAGAGAGAAAGAAGAGCAGGAAAGAUUCUGAAAGGAGGAAGAGGUGGCGAAAAAUCUACUGCCUUGUUGGAUUUGUCUUUCUCAGCACUGUGACGAAGCCGUGGGUUUCUUUCUUAAAGGAUUGGUUUUUAGAAGUCCACAUUUGAGCUCUCUCCUUCCUGCUUCCUCCUUGCUGUGGUGGCUGGGAUGCUUCUCCCAUGAUUUUUUGAAUCUAGACUGGGCUGUUCUGUGUUAAACCAAUCAAUUGCGACCUCUCAACAGUGUGAAGUGAGGGGGGCCUUCUCCCUCCUUCCUCUUCUCUUUGUGAUCCACCUUGCUUUUAACCCUGCCCCGUGGCGGCUCCGCCCCUUACCUUCAUGGACGACUCAGAGGUGGAGUCGACCGCCAGCAUCUUGGCCUCUGUGAAGGAACAAGAGGCCCAGUUUGAGAAGCUGACCCGGGCGCUGGAGGAGGAGCGGCGCCACGUCUCGGCGCAACUGGAACGCGUCCGGGUCUCACCACAAGAUGCCAACCCACUCAUGGUCAACGGCACCCUCACGCGCCGGCAUCAGAACGGCCGGUUUGUGAGCGAUGCUGACCUUGAGCGACAGAAGUUUUCAGAUCUGAAAAUCAACGGACCCCAGGAUCACAGUCACCUUCUGUAUAGCACCAUCCCUAGGAUGCAGGAGCCAGGGCAGAUCGUGGAGACCUACACGGAGGAGGACCCUGAGGGAGCCAUGUCUGUUGUCUCUGUGGAGACCUCGGAUGAUGGAACCACUCGGCGCACAGAGACCACAGUCAAGAAAGUAGUGAAGACCGUGACAACACGGACAGUACAGCCAGUCCCUGUGGGACCAGAUGGACUGCCUGUGGAUGCCUCCUCUGUUUCUAACAACUAUAUCCAGACUCUGGGCCGCGAUUUCCGCAAGAACGGCAAUGGGGGGCCUGGUCCCUAUGUGGGGCAGGCAGGCACUGCUACCCUUCCCAGGAACUUUCACUACCCUCCUGAUGGAUAUAGCCGCCACUAUGAAGAUGGUUAUCCAAGUAGCAGUGACAACUAUGGCAGUUUGUCCCGAGUGACCCGCAUCGAGGAGCGGUACAGGCCCAGCAUGGAAGGUUACCGGGCACCUAGUAGACAGGAUGUGUAUGGGCCCCAGCCCCAGGUUCGGGUCGGUGGGAGCAGUGUCGAUCUGCAUCGCUUUCACCCAGAGCCUUAUGGGCUAGAGGAUGACCAGCGUAGCAUGGGCUAUGAUGACCUGGAUUAUGGCAUGAUGUCUGAUUAUGGCACUGCCCGGCGGACUGGGACACCCUCUGACCCUCGCCGGCGCCUCAGGAGCUAUGAAGACAUGAUUGGUGAGGAGGUGCCAUCGGACCAGUAUUAUUGGGCUCCUUUGGCCCAGCACGAACGGGGAAGCUUAGCGAGCUUGGAUAGCCUGCGCAAGGGAGGGCCUCCACCCCCGAAUUGGAGACAGCCAGAGCUUCCAGAAGUGAUAGCCAUGCUGGGGUUCCGCUUGGAUGCCGUCAAGUCCAACGCAGCUGCAUACCUGCAGCACUUGUGCUACCGCAACGACAAGGUGAAAACAGAUGUUCGGAAGCUCAAGGGCAUCCCAGUCCUGGUGGGACUGUUAGACCACCCCAAGAAGGAAGUGCACCUUGGAGCCUGUGGGGCCCUCAAGAAUAUCUCUUUUGGGCGUGACCAGGAUAACAAGAUCGCCAUAAAAAACUGUGAUGGUGUUCCUGCCCUUGUGCGAUUGCUCCGAAAGGCUCGUGAUGUGGAUCUCACUGAAGUAAUUACUGGAACCUUGUGGAAUCUGUCGUCCCAUGACUCAAUCAAAAUGGAGAUUGUGGACCAUGCCCUACAUGCCUUGACCGAUGAAGUGAUCAUUCCACAUUCUGGCUGGGAGCGGGAACCCAGUGAAGAUUGUAAGCCACGCCAUAUUGAGUGGGAGUCGGUACUCACCAACACAGCUGGCUGCCUUAGGAAUGUCAGUUCAGAAAGAAGUGAGGCUCGCCGGAAACUUCGGGAAUGUGAUGGCUUAGUGGAUGCCCUCAUUUUCAUUGUUCAGGCUGAGAUUGGGCAGAAGGAUUCAGACAGCAAGCUUGUGGAGAACUGUGUUUGCCUCCUUCGGAACUUGUCGUAUCAAGUUCACCGGGAGAUCCCCCAGGCAGAGCGUUACCAGGAGGCACCUCCCAGUGUUGCCAACAGUACCGGACCACAUGCUGCCAGUUGCUUUGGAGCCAAGAAGGGCAAAGAUGAGUGGUUCUCCAGAGGGAAAAAACCUGCCGAGGAUCCCGCAAAUGAUACAGUGGAUUUCCCUAAAAGAACUAGUCCUGCUCGAGGCUAUGAGCUUUUAUUUCAGCCAGAGGUGGUUCGGAUAUACAUCUCACUUCUGAAGGAGAGCAAGACUUCUGCCAUCCUAGAGGCCUCAGCUGGAGCUAUUCAGAACUUGUGUGCUGGGCGCUGGACGUAUGGUCGAUAUAUCCGCUCUGCGCUGCGUCAAGAGAAGGCUCUUUCUGCCAUUGCUGACCUCCUGACCAAUGAACAUGAGCGGGUAGUGAAAGCUGCAUCUGGAGCACUGAGAAAUCUGGCCGUGGAUGCUCGCAACAAGGAAUUAAUUGGUAAACAUGCUAUUCCUAACUUGGUAAAGAAUCUGCCAGGAGGACAACAGAGCUCUUCCCAGAAUUUCUCUGAGGACACUGUCGUCUCUAUUUUGAACACCAUCAAUGAGGUUAUUGCUGAGAACUUGGAGGCUGCCAAGAGGCUUCGAGAGACACAGGGUAUUGAGAAGCUGGUGUUGAUCAACAAAUCAGGGAAUCGCUCAGAAAAAGAAGUUCGAGCAGCAGCACUUGUAUUACAGACAAUCUGGGGAUAUAAGGAGCUGCGGAAGCCCCUGGAAAAAGAAGGAUGGAAGAAAUCAGACUUUCAGGUGAAUCUAAACAAUGCUUCUCGAAGCCAGAGCAGUCAUUCAUACGAUGACAGCACCCUCCCUCUCAUUGAUCGGAACCAGAAAUCAGAUAAGAAACCUGAUCGGGAAGAAAUUCAGAUGAGCAAUAUGGGAUCAAACACAAAAUCAUUAGAUAACAACUAUUCCACACUGAAUGAGAGAGGGGACCACAGUAGAACACUGGAUCGAUCUGGGGAUCUAGGCGAUAUGGAGCCACUGAAGGGAACACCCCUGAUGCAGGACGUGGGGCAGGAAUCUCUGGAGGAAGAGUUGGAUGUGUUGGUUUUGGAUGAUGAGGGGCACCAAAGGUCUUUAUCCCCCAUGCAGAAGAUUUAGCACCACUGUCUCGGCUACAUCUGGGCUUAUAAUAUAUGUACUUUUAUUUUUGGUGGUGAAAUGGACUGAUGAUUUUUCCCAUUCUUCGCUGGACUAUUGUGCCAACUGCCAGGCUGCCUCCUCACCUUAGAGCUCUAAGUGGCUGCCUUCUGUUCAUCAACUCCUAACUUCUUCCAGUGAAGCUUAAUUGUCCCUCCUCCCCACUCCAGAUCCCUUCCAACUGCUCCCAAGAAGCCUGACUCAGUUAUAUGCAUAUCUUGAGAAACUGCUGCAAAUUAGCUUUUUGCCAGCUCUCCCUGGAACUCUUGGCCUUGUGUGAGGGAGGGAGAGAGGGACUUUCUACUGGAAGCUGUGGGAAGAAUUGGAACUUACAUACUGUGUAAGUGGUGUCCAGCAAUCUGAUAAACCGAUGAUUCUUAAUCAAGAUUUUUUUUUUCCUGGUGGGGGAAGGGACUUGUUAAUUUUUGGGGGAAUGGGAAGUGUGAGCUCUUCCCAUAUUCCUAAUGACUAUUUUUAAAGCAAAAAAGGUGGGCAUCAGUGGCACAUUCCACCCAGCCAGGACCCAUGAUUAAGUGAAGGUCUCCUAGAACUAAGAUUAAGAAACUUGGUGUCCUCAUCUCCAGGGCAGGGACCAUCAAAGACCAACAAACUCCAUCUCUUCGCCAGCCUCAUGCCAACCCUGGGCUGCUACGCUGCCCCUUCCUGAGACUGUCCCUGACCCUCCUCUCCCAUCCUGUGGUGAUGUCUGCUGGCUUGGCCUGGCCAUUUCCAAGAGGCUGUAGAAAGAGGAGAAAGUGUUAAAGAAGACUUUUUGGGUAAGAAGGAGCAGAAAGACAUCUGAGGAAGAGAAGAACCUCUAGGAGGAGCUAGUAGGGAUGUGCAUGAAUCAGUUAGUCUGAAACUGACAGGAAGCUUCAAAGCUGACCCCCCUGCCCUUAUUUCUCCUUUUCCUCCCCAUUACAGCCCUGUUUCCUCCCCUGCUUCCUCCCUGGAUGGGUUGGCUGAUUAAAGGACUUGAUGUACAUACUCCUGCCCCCUUUACCCUUAAAAGGUGGGGAUUGCCCCUGGCUUUGUCUCUUCUUUGUGCCUUUGGCCUGGGCUGCAUCUCCUCCUUCCCUGCCAUGUGCCUUUCUUUGCCUCUGUCUCAUUUCUCAUGAUUUUGCAAAUUAUAUUUUGUUGCUUUCUUACCCACUCUUGGCCCUAAAUAGCAGAAAGAAGAGAGGUAACCUAGAGAGCCUCAGAUUCCCCACUGGGAAUUGUUAUAGCCACUAAUUUCCGUCAUAGCAAGCUUUUGCUCAGUAGUAUAUGGUCAGGAUUUUGCGAAAAUCCUGUUCUGAUGAGCCUCAGUUUAUGGAGGAGUGGGUGCUAUGACACUUACUCUUUCAUUGCCCAGAAUUUACCAUCAUCUCUGAGGGGGAUAUAGGGAGGUUGUGUCCAUCUCCUCCAUGCCCCCACCCCCCAUCCCCAGUGCUCCCUCCUCUCAGUUUAGUAUAUAUUAGCAGGUUGGGCUACAGGGAUCAGCUGCUAUGCUGGUUGAUUUUUUUUCUUAACCCUUUUCCUUAUUUGCCAUUUACUGCUCCCCUUAAUCUAAAAGCUCUGUUUAAUGCAACUGGAAAUCUUUAUCCUUCUCCUGUCUUCUCCCUUCCCUUAUCUAUUGAGGCUAUGGGGUAGGAGAAAAGUGCACAACCCACCACCUCCCUUCCUCUAUGCAUUAAAAUCCCUUGUUUACCCUGUUUCCACUCCCCAUUUCUUUCCACUUUCUGGCAAAAAGGAGCCUUUCCUCUCUGUGACUCAAGAGCAUAUGGCACAGGGGAAAUUGCCCCCUUGUGAAUGGGGCACCACUCCUGGUUUCUCUUGUCCACUUCUGCUCUUUUCCUGGUGCUCUUUUUCUUGGUGGGCUGUGGGUAAUAGAACAGCCAUGGGCUUUGUGGGACCGUUAACUGUUUUUUUUUUUCUUUUUUGUUUAUAAAAACACUAAACAUUCAAUUCCAGAGAACCAAAAAUCCCACCUUCCCACCAAACACCACUACUAAGGGGCAUGUCUUAUGUUCCAUACCUUUUCUGUUUUUCUUUCUCUCUUGUUAAUGCUUUUAAAAACAAAUGAGUUUUUUAUAUAAAUAAAGUUUUUAAAGUGUGUAUGUGGGGGGUCUGUGUCAUUUCUUCACUUUAAACUCACUCUCUCCCUUCCUCUUUAUCUUGGUUAAACUCCUUAUAUAUCAGUGUCCUUUUUCUCCCCAGAGCAACCAGAAGGGGGUUGUUGUAUGGGGUGGAUUUGUUUGAUCUCAAUCCCAGCUCUAUCAAGCAACAUUGUUUUUAGUUAUAGAUGAAACAGUUUUCUUCUGAAGAUUCUAAAAGUUAAAUGUGGCUAAGUAGAGCACAGUGAGCUAAGUAGCUUAUUGCCAGCUUAGAGAUUGGAAACCCAAGUAUAAAUAAUGGCUUUCAUAGUCAGUGGCAUUUUGUGGCAACAUUUGACAAAACUAGUGUGAAAUAGAGCCCAUUGCAAUUCGUGGCUGCCUUGAAUGUAACAUAGGUAGAAGAUUAGAAGCUGCCAACUCUUAACUGCUCUCCUAAUAAGGAAAAUAGGGAAUUAAAAGGCUCAUGUAUAUAAGUACCAAACACUGGGCCACGAUGUGGCUUGUCAGACUGUCUGCAAUCCUUUGGUGAGAGGACAGGGACAGGCCUGGUAGUUUCCUUGUGUCCUAUCAGAUUAUAUAUGGGUAAGUAGCAGAUACUUCUUGGAUUACCUGGGAUUGUCUUUACUGCAGAGGCCAGGAUUAAGACUGAUGGAAAGAGAUUUGUUUCUGGGGCCCCUAUUUCCUGUUACUGUAAUAUUGAGAACUUAUGUAAAAUGCUAUCUGUAUGCCCAAUUUUUGGAUUAAAAAUAAUAUAGCUGCUUCU